AUGGCGGGUUCCCCAGACCAAGAAGGCUUCUUCAACCUGCUGAGCCACGUGCAGGGCGACCGGAUGGAGGAGCAGCGGUGCUCGCUGCAGGCAGAGCCAGGCACCAUCUCCAAGAGCCAGAGCGGCCCCAUGCCGGAGGUGGACAGUCUUAUAGACAUGGUGGCCAGCACCCAGGGCCGCCGCAUGGAUGACCAGCGUGUGACCAUCAGCACCCUGCCUGGUUUCCAGCCUGUGGGCCCCAAGGACGGAGUGCAGAAACGAGCUGGGACCCACAGCCCCCAGCCCCUCCUCACCCCUCCGGACCCCUCUGCUCUCAGCUUCCGUCGGAACAGCAGCCCCCAGCCCCAGACACAAGCCCCGUGA